CACUACUAUAUAACAAAUAAUUUGAGCUAAGAAUGGCACUGUGGGUAGACAAGCACCGUCCCACUUCCCUCUCUAAACUAGACUACCACAAGCCCCUGGCGCAGCAUCUCAAGAGACUGGUGAACGGGGGAGACUUCCCCCAUCUCCUGGUGUAUGGACCUAGUGGGGCGGGGAAGAAGACAAGGAUCAUGUGUUUGUUGCGUGAGAUAUACGGGGCGGGGGUGGAGAAACUGAGGAUAGAGCACCACACCUUCACUACUCCUAGCAAUAAGAAGAUUGAGAUUAGUACUAUCGCUAGUAACUACCACAUCAUGGUGAACCCCUCAGAUGCGGGUAUCCACGACCGAGUAGUUGUUCAGGAUCUCAUAAAAUCAAUAGCUCAGACCAACCAGCUGGAUUCUGAGAAAAUGAGGGAGUUUAAAGUGGUCGUGCUUACUGACGCUGAUAGACUGACGAAGGACGCGCAGCACGCACUGCGACGCACUAUGGAGAAGUACAUGUCCAAGUGUCGGGUGGUCAUGUGCACCAACAGCAUCAGCAAGAUGAUACCUGCCAUACGGAGUCGAUGUCUAGGUAUCCGUGUUUCCGCUCCCACCCCUGAAGAAAUAAAAACAGUUCUCAGUCUUACCUGCAGGAAAGAAGGACUCACUCUGCCCCCUGAACUUGCAGACAAGAUAGUGACACAAAGUGAGCGUAACAUGCGCCGCGCCCUGCUCAUGUGUGAAACAUGUAAAGUUCAACAGUACCCAUUUGAUCCCAACCAAAACGUGGACGACCCGGACUGGCUAACAUUUGUCAAGCAGACCGCGCUGAAGAUAAUAGAGGAGCAGAGUCCUAAGAGACUACUGGAGAUCAGAUCCAGGUUAUACGAGCUACUAGCUCAUUGUAUACCUCCAGAGAUGAUAUUCAGAACUCUAGCUGAUGAACUGGUGAAACAUUGUGAUGGGAACCUACAGAGGAAGGUGAUACAAGCGGCUGCUAAUUAUGAGCAUAAGUUACAGUUGGGUAGCAGGGCUAUAUACUAUUUGGAGGCGUUUGUAGCUAGGUUUAUGGCUAUGUAUAAAGGUUUCAUCCAGGAGGCUAUCAUGGACUUUGAUGAUUUCGAUUUUGACGAAUCUUGAUGAGCUGUCUGGUUGUAUACCGACUAACAAAAUUUAGGACGUGACUUGUGUAGUCCAAAUUUUUAUUCUGACAUUCACUGUUUUUAAAUUUCAUUUUGAAUCUUAUAAUCUUGUUAAAUACAAGAAUUUUUUCAAUGGAAAUUAUUCUUAUUAUAAUAUAAAAUCUUAAUAUGUGACAUGUACCUAUUUAUUGCUAUGGACUAUUAAGUCGCUGAGUAUC